CUGUCGGGUCGCGCGCGCGUGCGUGUCCGUGAGGCGGAGCGCGAGUCAAACUCACACAAGCAGCCGUUCAUAAAGCGAGAAACUCACCGACAGUCGCCGUCAGCUGCCGAGCCGUGUGUGUAUGGGCUUCUAUCAUGCGGUGACAGCGGGGAGAAACACAGAAACAGGAUCUGUGAACGCGAUGCACGGUCCAGACAUGAACGGAAACGGAGUCACAGCGCAGUCCUCACAGAUGAACGGUCACGGCUCAUUGUCUCCAGAUGUUUCUGCCAAAAAGUCGGGUGGAAAAGCUCUGUACGAGCAAAGGAAGAACUACAUCAGGAACAGCAUCAACAGCCUGACGGACACGUCACAGUACCAUGUGGAGCAUCUGACCACGUUUGUGAUGGACCGCAAGGAGGCGAUGCUGACCAUCGAGGACGGCAUUAGGAAGCUGCGUCUGCUGGACGCUAAAGGGAAGGUGUGGACGCAGGACAUGAUCCUGCAGGUGGACGGGAAAGCCGUCAGCCUCAUCGACAACGACAGCAAGAACGAGCUGGAGAACUUUCCUCUGGCCUCCAUCCAGCACUGUCAGGCCGUGAUGAACGCCUGCAGCUACGACUCCAUCCUGGCGCUUGUGUGUAAGGAGUCCGGUCAGGGCAAACCAGACCUGCACCUGUUCCAGUGCGACGACAUCAAGGCCAGUUUGAUCCACGUGGACAUCGAGAGCGCCGUCAGCGACAGCAAGAGCGGGAAGCUCAAGAAGCGUCCGGAGGUGCUGAAAAUGAUCCUGAAGAGUGACGGGACCAUCCCUCCGCCCCCAGGAGGCCCCGCCCCCGAGCCUCCAGGAGCUGUCAAUCAAGUUCACGCCAAGAGCCGGGUGGCCAGUUGGUCUGCGUGGACCAAUCAGGAGCAUGACCCACAGAGACAUUACACAGAGCUGGACAGCUCUCCUGAGAUGAGCGCAGAGCAAGUGGACAGAGACGUGCAAAUCCUCAAUCACAUUCUGGGCGACAUCGAACACUUCGUCACCAAACUGCAGAAAGCCGCCGAGGCCUUUACUGAGCUCUCCAAACGCAAGAAAACCAAGAAGAGCAAAAAGAUAGGACCCGGAGAGGGGGUUUUGACGCUUAGAGCUAAACCUCCGUCUCAGGAUGAGUUUAUCGACUGUUUCCAGAAGUUCAAACACGCCUUCAACCUGCUGGGGAAGUUGAAGAACCACAUUCAGAACCCCAGCGCUGUGGAUCUGGUCCACUUCCUGUUCAAUCCUCUCAGACUGGUAAUCCAGACGUCUGGAGGGGUGGAUCUAGCUAAAAGCGUGAUCGUUCCUCUCCUCACCAGAGAAGCCAUUGACUUCCUGCACGUGGCAGGUUCGGUGGAAGAGAGACACCUGUGGGUCACGCUGGGAGACGGAUGGACCAAAUGCAGGUUGGAGUGGCCGAAGGAUCACCCGUUUCCUCCGCACACGCUGUGUUUCCGGGACGGCUGGGAGCCGCCGGUGCUUGCGUCUCGUGAUCAGGAUGUGGCUCAGCCGGCAGAGAGGCGUGGCACGGCGCAGAACGAGCUUCAGAGACCUGCAGACCAGCCGCUGGUCCAGGACUUCCCCGGUGCAGACGGGUACGACUACAGUCACACUUCUUACAAGCGCUUGCAUCUGCUGGAGCCAGACACGGCCGUGUCUGCUUUUAAACACGCGGUCAGCCGUCAUGUAGAUAGGAACCUGGAGGCUCACAGCCGGACGCAGAGGAACUUUGCCAAAUCCAGAUACGACUUUGUGGCCAGAAACAACACUGAGCUGUCUGUGAUGAAAGACGAGGUGGUGGAGGUGCUGGACGACAGGAAGCAGUGGUGGAAGGUGCGUAAUGUGUCGGGCGCUUCGGGAUACGUGCCAAACAACAUCCUGGAGAUCAGCAGGGCAGUGGACGUGACGAGCCGCGGGGAGCCCGUCUACAGCCACACCAUACAGCUAAUGAUGCCAAAAAAGGAAUUUGAGUUGUUUAAGCAAUUACUGGGCGAGUUAAACGAGAAGCAGCGCUCGGAUUAUGUGCCCAAACCGGUGGUGACGGAGGCCCCGCCCACUCCCACCCCUACAGCCCCGCCUCCUCCCGCCCCGCUGCAGAUCCUCACCCCCCCACUGCCCCCCGCAUCCACCCAACAUCAGGACACUCCUCCAGACGACAGCCAACAACACAACAACAACAGCAGAGAGAGCGAGGGAGUGACCAUGAGAGAGCACCAGAGAGAGAGAGCCGCGCCUGCCAACCGUCGUAAGUCCCACAUGGAGGAGGUUCAGGACGAGCUGAUGCACAGACUGACUCUGGGACGCAGCGCUCAGAAGAAAUCCCAGACUCCGUCUCAGUCCAGCAGCUCGACGGCGGUCAGCAUCUCCUUCGACUCGGCGCCGGACGACGUCAAAGCCUGGCUGCAGCUCAAAGGCUUCAGCGAAGUGACCAUCAACAGUCUGGGAGUGCUGACCGGCGCUCAGCUCUUCUCUCUGAACAAAGACGAGCUGAAGACCGUCUGUCCUGAUGACGGAGCGCGAGUCUUCAGCCAGAUCACCGUCCAGAAAGCUGCCCUCGAGGUUUUCUUCUGACGCUCCCAUGAUCUUCACAUGUAAUCCACGUUCCUCUGAAGAGGAGCUCGGGCUCGGAGCUGCAGGAGAUCAUGAGGAGACGCCAGGAGAAGCUGGCAGCGGAUUCCGGCGUGGAGUCCUUCGACGAGGGGACCAGCCACUGACCCCUCUCUCACCUCUGUGACCUCUGACCUCUUACAGGACGCCGUGGAGCGCGCUCAGUUUGCCGCCAUAAUGCGCCGUCGUCAGGAACUCUUGGACCCGUCCGAUAACGGAACCGGAUCGGAUGCGGACGAGCGCUCGUGACGAGAUUCCCAAAGGCUUUUUGUAGAGAUGUGUGUAGCCUAGAGCCAUCGACUUCAUCCCGGAAACAUUCACUUAUAUAUCCGCAAUCAAAGGUGUGGAGGUAUUCCCAAACGAUUGUCUGGAUCUCGGACCAGAUGUUGAUUUGAUUAACUGUUGUCCCUCACCUAUCCACCUGGAAAACUUUGUUUUUGUUUGUGUUACUAGCAAAAUACUGAACGGACUGUACUUGAGCGCUAAAAUGAGAAAUGUCCGUCUCUGUUGACCUGACACGAGUUAUUUGAGUUUCACACGGACAUAUGCAAGGCCAAAUCAAGUCCUCAGAAAUAUGACGUUUGGCCAAAUCAAUCUCUAGGUUCAAGGUUUCUGUUUAAACACAAAUGUCACACGCAUUCAGUCUGUAACUAUAAAGCGUGUGCAGAAUAAAUGGAAUCAUGUGA